UAAAACUCCAUUUUAUCCAUUACCACCUCAGACCCGCAUCACCUCCACCUAAUCUUAUUCUAUUCAGUAUUCAAGACAACAUUAUAAACAUCUACAGGCUAGUUUAAACUUCAACAUACAUGGAGAGGGUAUUUUCAGUGGAGGAUAACAUUACUGAGCUUUUUUGGUCACCACCACCACCACCACCUGAUGACUUGUCCAAAAUGAACCGGUCUGAGUCUGAAUGGGCUUUCGAAAGAUUCCUUCAAGAAGCCUCUGCUGUAACCCUUGAUGACAACACUUCUUCUAAUUCUUCUGCUGAUAAAACUGACGUUGUUCAAAUCAAAGAUCAUGGUAAUAGUAAUAACAACGCUACAAGUAAGUGUUCCUUUAGUAAUGGGACCUGUGCCACUGCUGCUUCCUCCUUUGCUGCUCCGGCGAUUAUUCCGGUGGAAUCUGACGAUUAUCAUGCGUUUUUGAAGAGUAAACUCAAUUUGGCUUGUGCUGCUGUUGCUUUGACUCGGGCAUCUUUUGUAAAGCCUCUAGAUUCUCCUGCCGCAGCUGAAAGUGGAUCACAGGCUUCAAAUACUUCACAAUUGGGAUCACAUGCUCCUUCUAAAGGAGCUGGAUAUGAUUUACCGAUAUCCCAAGAUAAAGAUGCUAAUGAGCCUCUUGGAACUCCCUCCUUACCUUCCAUGCAAAGGAAAUCUGCAGUUACUGUGAAGCCAACAACUAGUGUAUCAUCCAGAGAACUGUCAGAGGAUGAUGAAAAUGAAGCAGAAACUGAAUUAACUGAAAAUAUGCAACCUGCUGAUGCAAAGCGUGUAAGGAGAAUGCUUUCAAAUAGAGAGUCAGCUCGGCGAUCAAGAAGUAGAAAGCAGGCCCAUUUGACUGAGCUUGAGACACAGGUUGCUCAAUUGAGGGUUGAAAAUUCAUCUCUACUGAAGAGCCUCACUGACAUAAGUCAGAAGUACAAUGAGUCAGCUGUUGACAACAGAGUUUUAAAAGCUGAUGUUGAAACACUGAGAGCGAAGGUGAAGAUGGCUGAAGAGACAGUCAAAAGAUUUACUGGGUUGAACACUAUGUUCCAUGCCUUGCCUGAUAUAUCCACAAUGAGUAUGUCAUCAUUUGAUGGAAGCCCCUCUGACACUGCAGAUGCUGCUGUUCCUGUAAAGGAUGACCCAAAGCAUCACUUUUAUAAAGCUCCAAACAAUCCUAUAACAACUCAUGACUCCAGGCCCAGAGGCAAUAAUGUGUUGGCAGAUAUAUCUUCAGUUGAAAAUGUGCAGCCAAAUCCUGUACCAGCAGCAGGAGUAUCAGGGAACAAGAUGGGGCGAACACCUUCCUUGCAGCGAGUAGCUAGCUUGGAGCAUUUGCAGAAACGGAUUCGUGGGGGUGCAAGUCCUUGCGGGCCCCAGUCCAAUGGGGAGCAGGCAAAAUGAUCCCCGAGUGUGAAGAUUUUAUUGACAGAUUUGGAGAAGACGUUUGCAUUCCAGUAUGAUUUUUUGUUUAACUGUAUGUAAAGGUUCUAUUCCUUAACUACAUGUUGAAUCGAACAGCUAUUUUUGACCGCAACUUACAAUGCGAAAUCUUGCUGUAUAGAACAAUCUUAUCAAUUUAGUUGUCAACUUUUUACAA